AUGUGGAGAUGCAUCAAUGGAAGAAUUGCUAGAAGAUUUUUAUCCACUGCUUCUGCUAGUACACGUGGCUGGUGGGAUCAUGUGAGACCAGCACCAAAGGACCCCAUUGUUAGUGUAAAUGAGGCCUUUCUUGCUGACCCUUUUCCCCACAAGAUCAAUCUUGGAAUGGGUACUUACAGGGAUGAUGAUGGCAAACCCUUCAUUCCUCAGUGCGUUCGUGAUGCAGAAACAAAGAUUAAAGCGAGGUUUAAAUUCGAGGAGUCAAACUAUUCUGCAGCAAGUUCAAAAUUUGUUGAGGAGAGUGUAAAGUUGGCAUAUGGGAAGGAUUCAUAUGUAAUCAAAGAAGGAUUGUUUGCUGGAGUUCCAUCUCUGUCUGGAACUGGUGCAUGUAGGCUUUUUGCUGAAUUUCAAAGGCAUUUCUAUCCUCAUUCUCAAAUUUACCUACCAGAUCCUACAUGGUCAAAUCACCACAACAUAUGGAGACAAGCUGAAAUUCCGGUCAAAACCUUCCACUACUACCAUCCAGAUACAAGGGGUUUAGAUUUUCCUGCCCUCAUAAAUGAUGUCAAGAAUGCACCAGAUUGUUCUUUCUUCUUGCUUCAUCCAUGCGCCCAUAACCCAACUGGGGUUGACCCCACUGAGGAACAAUGGAGAGAAAUAUCAUACCAGUUCAAGGUGAAAAAUCAUUUUCCUUUCUUUGACAUGGCUUAUCAAGGUUUUUCAAGUGGGGAUCUUGACAAGGAUGCCAUAGCACUUCAAAUUUUCCUUGAAGAUGGGCAUUUGAUAGGUUGUGCUCAGUCAUUUGCAAAGAAUAUGGGAUUAUUAGAACAUAAAGUUGGUUGUCUUAGUGUUUUGUGCAGGAAUAUAAAGCAAGCAACUGCAAUGAAAAGCCAACUGCAGCAUAUUGCCCAUUCAAUGUAUAGUGGUCUUCCAUUUCGUGGUAUUUUACUAGUUAAUGUGAUAUUAAGUAACCCAGUUAUGGAAGCACUUUGGAGGAAAGAAGUGAAGGUCAUGGCUAAUCGAAUUCAAACAAUGAGAGCUACUCUGCGACAUUGUCUUGAGAACUUGGAUUCAUCUUUCAAUUGGGAGCAUAUAACUACUCAGGUUGGUAUGUUCUGCUUUUCAGGAUUAACCCCUGAUCAGGUUAAACACCUGGAGAAGCUGUUCCAUAUAUACUUGACUCCUGAUGGAAGAAUAAGCAUGGCUGGUGUGACGACAAGCAAUGUGAAUUAUGUGGCAAAUGCAAUACAUCAUGUGACCAGAAUCAAUGAAGAAGCCUUGUUCAUGGAACAAUAA